AUGGCCUCUGGCAGAACUUUGCGCAAAGGCGAAGCGUCCUGGGAACGGUGCCUCUACCAACAUCCAGACCGCAUAGGAACCAUUCCCAAAGAUUAUAUUAUGCAGCAUGAUAUCUACAGCCUUGGUGUUUGCUUGUUGGAGCUGGGGUUGUGGGAGUCAUUCGUGUCGUACGACGAGUUGACGGUGGCAAGCAAUGACAAUGCGCCGACCCCUGCUCGGGCUCCUAUUCUUGGAACGGGUGGAGGGGUAUAUUUCCAAAGACAUCUCCUCCUCUUGGCGCAGGGUGAACUACGGAAGCGAAUGGGGACCAGAUACUCCGACGUUGUUGUCACUUGUUUGACAUGCUUGGACGCCAAAAAUGUCGACUUCGGGGAGAAGGCCGAUUUAGAAGAUGCCGAUGGCAUUGAAGUGGGUGUGAGGUAUAUUGAGAAGGUAAUGAUGCGACUGAAUAGUAUGUGCGUCUGA